AUGCAUUAUAAUUUCUCUUCUAUACAGCCCAAUGUCAAUGAUGACAAUUGGAAUAAUGAUGAUAAUGAAGGUGAAGGAUCAAUAGUAUUGAAUAUUUUUCGUCCAACUACACCAAUUUCGAAGCGAUCAUCAGUGAAAAAUAAACAUCUUCAAUGUCAUCAAACAAACGAUACCAUUCAAGCUCGACAACAUCGAACACCUUUACAACAAUUACAAGCUAUAUUUCGGCCUACACGAGAAAUCCAUAAUACUAUGAUUACUAAUAAGCAGUUACAUGAACAUGAACAUAUUCCAAUGGUUAAUAAAAAAAUAAACAAUUAA